UGCGCAUGUAUAGGGAGUAUAACGUUUUUCCUCUAUAAUAAAAUACUUGUGUACGGUUUUUAUGAAUUUAAACUGUUAACAUUGUUCGUGUUUUGUCAGAUUCGCGGCAGUUAGCAUCUGGCUAAUGAGCGAGUUGCUACUCAACACACAUCUCUCCGCUGCCUAUAUAGGUACACUACAUAGGGUGUGUUAGUACACAUUCCUCACGCUACCUAGUGCACUAUUUGUUCAAGAAGGCGUUGUUUAGGAUGGAGCCGGCCGCCUGAGGAGAUCUGUGAGUCGCAGAGUCACAGUGUGAUGAAACAUGGCUUUGCAGCAGAUUCUCGUUUUGCUGAGGCCACGCGGGAGCCGAUUAUCACGAUCAGUUACUGUGUUCAAAUACUUCAGCACAACAAAAGCAUACUAUAAUGAAACAAAAACAGACUCCAACAAUGAGAAAACAGACUCUUCGUCCCUUGGUUCUGGUUCUGAGAACAAGUCUUUGUUGGAGAACCUCAGUGUGCUCGGCGUGGAUGUGCAGAUGGCGCGGCGCCGUCAACCUGGUGUUUUCCGCAAAAUCCAAACAAAUGAGCAAGGAUUGAUUGAUUUCCUUGCACAGAAAGGUGCCAGCCGUGAUAUAAUUGCUAGCAUAAUUUCCCGUUUUCCACGUGCCAUAACGAGAUCCGAGGAACACCUGGAAGAACGUUGGUGUCUGUGGCGCAGCAUUUUCAACAGCGAUGCCGAGGUCGUUAAUAUCCUAAACCGUUCUCCAGAGUCAUUCUUCCGCUCAAGUGAUAAUGGCAACCUGGAGAAGAACAUACAUUACCUAAGUUCAUUGGGGAUAAAGCCUAAAGAUCUGCACCGUCUCCUAACCAUGGCACCGAGGAUCUUCUCAAACACUCUGGCACUGAACCAGAUGAUGGUGGAGCUCCUGGAGAAUGUAUGCAUGAGCCUUGGAGGUACUGACAGUGAGAAGUUUGCCCGCACUGUCAUUUCCAGAAACGUGUACAUCCUGAUCCGGAGCACGAAGCGUGUCAGGUCCAACAUCGAGUUCCUUUUGAGUGCGUUGGAGCUCAGUGAUGAGGAGGCACUCAAGCUUCUGCAGAGCCACGGUGCCAAAAUCCUCGACCUGUCACAUGAAAGUAUGAAGACGAACUUCAGAAACCUGCAGCUAAAGCUAAAGUCUCUGGGCUGCAGCCAGAUGCGGGUGAGAGAGCUUAUCCUGAACUAUGCUCCCAUACUCUUUGUCUCCUCAGAGACACUGAACCAGAAACUGGACACCCUAACUGAAGGUGGGAUCGACAUCAGAAGCAUCAUAGAGAAGCCUAAAGUGCUGGAUUACAGCGUCGCCACCCUGAAACAGCGGCUGAACGAUCUGCAUCGACUUGGUUAUGACUUUAAGGUGAAUGGAAUCAACAUCUUGGAUUUGAGCAACAAGCGUUUCAAAUCUAAAAUGGAGAAGCUGCAAGUACUUGGAGUGUGAGAGGCCGUCAAAUGACUAGGGCUCCAAAACCCCAGUUGCUAAUCAAUGAGCCUUGACACAAGUACAUCACAUAAGUGUGCGCUUAAUGAACAAGGUGAGGUACAGAACGUAGGGGGAGAAGAUUGUUCAGCUAGCGGGUCACGCAAAAUCAAACUUCAAUAUGUACACUGAAGUGUGUAGUACCUACAUCUAUGGUCCUGUCCUAUGUCUAUUCCAUUUUCACAUCACGGUGUGCUUGAGCACUAGCGGGUAGCUUGUGGGAUUGUUUUUGUAUAUGAACACAGUCACCCUGAAGUGACUGAAUUUCUCUCAAUUUAUUCAAAUCGCAUCAGGUUUCUAAAUGGCCAGUGUGCCUAAUACAUGGUUUUCUAAUUUGCUAAAGUGCUAUGCAGGUUUGCUGGAUUGCUAGCAUGCAGUUCUGCUAAAUGGCAGGUUUGCUAAGGGGCUAAAAUAUUAUCCAGCUUGGAAUUGAUCUAAAAUCCCCCUGCAGUUUAUGGCACACUUCUGUCAAAUGUAUGUGCCCCCCUGACCAUCAAACCCAUAUGUGGCUCUUCCCCAAACUGUUACCACAGUGUUUAAAAUGUCUUUGUAUGCUGUAACUUUACAAUUCCCCUUCACUGGCACUCCCUACCUGUUCCAGCGUGACACAAAGUACACAAAGAGCACUUCAUGAAGAUGUGGUGUGUGAAGGUUGGAAAAAGCUAGAAGAACUCGAGUGUCCUGCACAGUGCCCUGACCUCAACCCCACUGAACACCUUUCGGAUGAACUUGAACUGGAGCCUCCUCACAUCAACAUCAGUACCUGACCUCAACCUUACUAUACGCUCUUGUAGCUGAAUGAACACAAAUCCUCACAGCCACGCCCAAAAAUCUAGUGGAAAGCCUUCCCAGAAGAGCGGAGGAGGUUGUUAUAACAGCAAAGAGGGACUCAAUCUGCAAUGACAUGUUCAACAAGCACAUUUGGGUGUGAUGGUCAGGGGUGCACAUACUUUUGGCCAUACAGUGUACAUCUGCUUGUUUGCUAAUUGGCCACCAUUUGCUACAUGGAUUUUUAGUUAACUCGGUAGCGGAGUAAAUUCCAUCUGUACAGAUGGAAAUAUCCGAGGAAUAAAACCCAAUCAGGACACUUAUAUACUUAACACAAAUAUUGUUUAAAUUGCUUUUUGUUUAAAAACAGCUUCAUUCAUCAUUUUCUGCAUCUAACUACAGUGAUGGACAGCUUGAGCUCUUAUGGUCUACAGUGAGAUCCUCAUCCAGCACAACAACCUAACAGCACGACCUAUAGACCUAACAAACCUUCAUCGAACAGACAGAAAAGGACCAGGUCACAAGAUGGCAGACUAGGGGACGUUUAGAGUACAGCGUAUUUCACCAUAUAUCUCAGAGGGUUAACUGUCAUGGUAACACGACCAGCUAGAUUUAUUUUUUGUCUGUCAUUACUGUGGUAUAAGAGGAAAAACUCACUUGGAGACAGUACACACCCCAGGUGUUUUAUACCUGGAAGCAGGUUAAUUAUUACCUGGUUUCUAAUGCUAGUUUUGUGUGCCCUAUUUAUCAGGGGAAAAAAUUAAUGUAUAUAGAAAUUAUAUUUAUAAAAAUGUAUCUGUGGGGUUGAAGUAGAAAUACUGGGUACUGAGCCAAUAAUGAAAGUUUUUUGUUUUGUUU